AUGACGCUUGCCGAUAUCUCAGAACAUUGUCACAAUAUUACAAACAGUUACCUAGCUGUCACAAACGGUUCAGAGCUUGUAGAAUCGACUCAAGAGGCUAUUCGGUUAACUCGAUAUCAUUUGCUGGAGGAAGUAUUCAGUCGGUGGGAUCCUUUUGGUAAUCAACUAUCGUUUUCAUACAAUGGUGGGAAAGAUUGCCAAGUUCUUUUAAUCCUCUACUUAUCGUGUCUUUGGGAGUUCUUCAUCACUAAAACCAGAAAUUCGCAGUAUGAUUCACAGUAUCACCAGUUUCCGCUGCAAUUCUUGCCAACCGUGUAUAUCAACCAGGCAGAAACAUUCAACACACUCGAGCAGUCGAUUGAGUCGGCUCGAGAACGAUACUUUUUGUCUAUUUACGAAUCACCCCGAAAUCAAACCAGCAUGCCAGAAGCAUUCGAAAACUAUUUGAAAGUGCAUUCCACCGCCAAAGCCAUUGUGAUAGGAAUACGAUACACAGACCCGUUUGGGGCCGAUCUGUGCUGCAUCCAGGAAACAGACAGCGGCUGGCCCCAAUUCAUGAGAGUACAGCCAUUGUUGCAUUGGACUCUGGCUAAUGUCUGGAGUAUACUGCUAUAUUCAAACGAAGAGAUAUGUGGGUUAUAUGAAAAGGGAUUUACGUCAAUAGGUGGCAUCAACUCUACAGUUCCAAACCCUGCUUUGAAGAUUAGAAAUGACGAUGCAACCAGUUGCGGAAAAAGAAACCCUUUUGAGUGGGAAAUCUCCAACGCUUAUGGGAAGGAGACGCCGUGCAACAAAGUCAAGGUAUCAAAACUCACAGACGCUGACGAAGUGUUAUUGCAAAGUACCGGACAACUUGAUUUCCAUCCUGGAUGGUUUUUAAUAAACGACUCUCUAGAAAGAGCUGGUAGGAUACGCAGAUGA